AUGGCAACACCACGUUCUUGUCCCCGGGUAUUUAGGAUUCAGGUAGCGCUGCCUGGGGUCUCUUCUGUCGCUCGAACGCACUUGGCCGACUCCACCUUAACCUUGCUGGAGGGUGACAAGCGUCACAAGCCCGAGAAGUGGCCGGAAGGUCUCCCCUUUGAGGAACAGGCGCGGCGGUCAGCGACUUGGGAGCUUGGCUUUCUAUCCCAGGUAUUUUUACUCCGGGUCGUGUACUUGUCGGUACAACAUGUUUAUUCAUGGAGUGACAAGCAGUUGGGUUUCGACAUACAAAUAUUCGGGUUCUCGAUAGCGAACAUCCGCAUGCUGGAAAUGCCCGAAAUGCCUUGUACUCGGAGGGAACGAUUGGAUGAUGGUGAUGGUGUGACGAGAACGAUCUCUUUCACCGCCAAACUCGUUUCGGCAAUGGCCCGGCUGGCAGAAAGUCGUCAAUCGCUGACGGCAUCGAUGUUGUGGAAGAGGGGAGAAAUUGGCAUGGUCGGUACCGAGAAGGCAGAUCUUGGACAAGCGUUUGGACAAUUUCCGAUCGAUGACGCAAGUGGCUUUUGA